GACGUAAACACGUGCACUUCCAUGGUUACAGGUUUCUCUUUUUUCUUCUCCACCAUCGGUCUCCCUUUAUCGCAUUAUUCCCUGACAACUGCAGCGAUGGCGGAACCCGUGGCAUCGGACGCAAUAGCAACAGACGCAGCUCUUUCUCCGGCUGUAAGCCCGGGUUCGGAGCCUCCAUCCAUGGCGCUCUCUCCUUCUGCAGGCGGCUCCCAGCGGCUUCUUUUCUCCCACGAUUUGGUGUCAGGUCGGUAUCGCGACUUGGUCCGGUUCGGCCUAGUCAGAAUGAUACAAGGCGAGGAGGAGUUUGAUUCAGACUCGGACCUCGACGAUGGCGGAGGUAGAGGCGGUGUAGGAGGUGGCUGUAUCCCCUGUAACUCGGACACCGAGAGCAGUGUUGUGGACAGCCUGGCACCUCUGGGAAGGGGUUUUGUCCGGGUGCAGUGGUACCCAGAAGGAGGGAAGCAAGACAUACGGGAAACAAAGCUGAAACUUGUAGAUCGAUCCAUCGUUAUCCGAGACAUUGUGCGGCGGAUGAAUUCUAACGACAACCAGUGUGGCAUCGUGACCGACAUCGACAUAGAGUGUGCUGUAAAACUAGUGGGGACCAACUGUGUCCUGUACCCCGUCAACAGUAAAGACCUACAUCACAUCUGGUCUUUCAUGUAUGGGGACUACAUAGCCUACGACUUCUGGCUGGGGAAGGUGUACGACCUGACCAACCACAUCAUCCUCAAGCUGUCCAAUGGAGCCAGGUGUUCCAUGAAUGUGGAGGACGGCGCCAAGCUGUACGACGUCUGUCCUCACGUCAGUGACUCGGGUCUGUUCUUCGAAGAGGCCUACGGUUUCUACCCAGGCCAGGUGCUGAUCGGGCCAGCCAAAGUCUUCUCCAAUGUCCAGUGGCUCUCCGGGGUCAAGCCCGUACUCCGUAAGAAGAGCAAGUUCAGGGUGGUGGUCGAAGAGGUCCAGGUGGCGGAGCUGAAGGUGACGUGGAUCACCAAGAGUUACUCCCCCAAGGGCACAGACAGCGUCUACCCCCCUCCUUCUACCAUCUCCCAGGAGAACCUCUGCAGAGUGAAGCGUCUGGGCUACUACGACCACACCCAGAGGCAGCUGGGGGAGAGGGCCCUGUACGUGUUCCCAGCCAAGGGAGACACCACACACAUCACCUGUGAGUGGCCCGACGGAGCCCCCGGACUCCCAGAGGACCCCGUAGCCAGGAAGUUGAAAAGAAUGUUCAAGAAGGAGUUGUUAGGGAAGAAGCCCAGUGAAAAUACAGACACACAAGGUGCCAACCAGCACUCCACGGACAACACGGACAGCCUUGACGGUGACCUCAAGCAUGACAACACCCACCCAGACUCCACCAACCACACCGCGCUCCCCCGUCCUCACCACCCCAACAACGGCCCCAACCACACCCUCCAGUCCUCGCCCCUGUGCCCUCCCCCCUCUGACCCAUGGCCCGAGCCGGAGCAGGAUGCAGACGAUGAGGCGGGGGCGGAGGACACGGACGACACGUUGUCGCUGACGUCGUCGGCGAGUAGCACCGCGUCGUCGCAGAGCGGCGGUCUGGGGGGCCUGAACAGGAAGAAGAGCAUCCCGCUGUCCAUCCGCAACCUGAAAAGGAAGCACAAGAAAAAGAGGACCAAGUUCUCCCGCGAGUUUAAGCCCGGCGACAGGGUAGCGAUAGAGGUUGUGUCCACCAAGACCUCGGCCGACGUCCUCUGGAAGGACGGCCGCAUGGAGACACUCAUCCGCUCCAAUGACCUCAUCCCCAUCCAGCACCUGGACAACCACGAGUUCUGCCCCGGAGACUUUGUUGUCGACAAACGACCCCAAGCCCCUACGGACCCAUGCGUGUACGGGGUCAUCCAGUCGGGCGACCACAAGGGCAGGACGUGUGCCGUGAAGUGGAUCAAACUCAACGCCUCCAGCGACAACGUAGAGGUCAUAGGAGAAGAGGAGGAUGUUAGUGUGUACGACAUCGCCGACCACCCAGACUUCCACUUCCGUACCACUGAUAUCGUCAUCAGGAUAGGGAACUCUGAGAACGAGCGGAAUACAGAGUGUGAGAACGAUACGUCAGUAGGCCAGGUCUUCAGAGUGGACGUGAGCAGCAAGGUGGAGGUGGUGUGGGCUGACAACUCCAUGACCAUCGUCCUGCCACAGCACCUGUACAACGUGGAGUCUGAGAUCGAGGAGACUGACUAUGACUCUGUGGAGGAGAGCAGCAGUGGCCUGUCCACGGAGGAGUGGGAGGACGAGAGCGACAGCUGGGAGACUGACAACGGCCUGACUACCAACGAGGACGACCAGCACCCCGCCAACGAGGACACCGCCACCCCGGCCCCCACCGGCCCCAGCCCCUUCAUCAUUCCCCCCGAGGAGGGCGGCAAAGCAGGGACCACCACCCCCACCAAGCCCCCUAACGCCAUAGAGGACCAGGAGGGAGCUGGGGCUAUAGCCAGCCCAGGCGCCGGUGCUGGAGGAACCACCCCUGGAGCAGGAGGGGGUGAUGCUGCAGAGAAGCUCCCCGGGAAAGACUGCACGCCGCGGGGCUUCCGCGAGCUCAAGGAGGCCCUGAAGAUCCUGGAGAGCCUGAAGAACAUGACCGUGGAGCAGCUAUGGACGGGCGGCUCGCCUACCUCGCCCACAUCCGGUGCCACGCCCUCCGUCAACGGGACUAACGCCAACACCGCCACUGUUGUCACGCCAGAGAAACCCACCAAGGAGAAGCGCUUCCUGGAUGACAUCAAGAAGCUUCAGGAGAACCUGAGAAAGACCCUGGACAAUGUGGCCAUCGUGGAGGAAGAGCGGAUGGAGGCGGUGGUGGAGGCCGGAGGAGGCGGCGCAGGAGGAGGUGGGACUACGGAAGGAGGAGAAAGAGGGGGUGAAGAAAGGCCCCAGGAGGAGGUGGCGAAGACGCCAGGCGCGGCACCAGAGUGGCCCAGCGAUACGCCUGUCCUGUGCCAACAGAGUGGUGGCAAGCCCGGCGUCACCUUCACCAGUGCCAAGGGAGAGGUGUUCUCUGUGCUGGAGUGGUCACCAGACACCCACACCUUUAAGAAGAUGGAGUUCCAGCCGGCCGAGGCCAAGAAGUUUUUCAGCACCGUGAGGAAGGAGAUGGCUCUGCUGGCCACCUCGCUGCCCGACGGCAUCAUGGUGAAAACCUUCGAGGACCGCAUGGACCUGUUCUCAGCUCUGAUCAAGGGGCCCACGCGCACCCCUUACGAGGACGGCCUGUUCCUCUUCGACAUCCAGCUGCCAAACAUUUACCCGUCGGUGCCGCCCCUCUUCCGCUACCUGUCACAGUGCAGCGGGCGCCUCAACCCCAACCUCUACGACAACGGCAAGGUCUGCGUCAGCCUGCUGGGCACCUGGAUCGGCAAGGGUACAGAGAGGUGGACCAGCAAGUCUAGCCUGCUGCAAGUGCUCAUCUCCAUCCAAGGCCUGAUCCUGGUCAACGAGCCCUACUACAAUGAGGCAGGUUUUGACAGUGACCGGGGCCUGCAGGAAGGCUAUGAGAACAGUCGCUGCUACAACGAGAUGGCCCUCAUCAAGAUGGUGCAGUCCAUGACCCAGCUGCUGCAGACUCCCAUAGAGGUGUUCCAGCAGGAGAUCCGGCAGCACUUCACCUCCAACGGCUGGCGCCUGGUGCACCGCCUGGAUGCCUGGCUGGAGCUCCACGAGCUAGCCGAGAGGGGCCCUCCGCCAAGACCAUCCCGGGACAGGCCUCCCUCAGUGGGUCCUCUAGACGAGACGCUCCCCUUGGAUCUUCUGGCCCACAGCACCCCCAACAAGCACCAGGGCACCGGGGAUGAAGAGCUGGAGGACUCUGGCCUAAGCUUUUCCACCACCGUCGCCUCCCAGCAGGAGCUCAGCCAGAACUUGGACUGCGACAGCACCGUCUCGGCCAGUGAGGUGGCCGGGGCGAGCGUGGUGGUCUCCGGGUCGGUUAGGGGGGCCGCCUCAGACUCCGCGGGCGGUAGCCAGCCGGUGGUGCGACCAAAGAAGCGCAGGAAGAGCUACCGGAGCUUCCUGCCCGAGCGGAGUGGGUAUCCAGACAUUGGCUUCCCCCUCUUUCCUCUCUCCAAGGGCUUUGUGAAGAGUGUGCGCUGCGUGCUGCUGCAGUACCGGGCCGCCCUGGCCGCCACCUCCAUCCCCGACCACGUAGAGGACAAUGUCCAGAGUCCAGACAGAGGCCAGAUGUGAAGGGAGAGGAGUGGGAGUGUCUUAUGGAGAUCUAAGCCACGGACCAUAAGCACCCUCCCUCAUAUUGGACCUUCUGAGCUCUCAUGGACACACAGACAAGGAGCGAGAGCCUCGACUGGAAGGCAGCGCCACACGUCUGCUCCUCGUGGGCCCUGACGGACGAGGGAGGAGGAAGGAGAGGAAGAGAUGCAGAGAAGCUGGUUUGUUUAAAAAAAGGUGCCAUUGACUUGCAUCGUCUAUAGCUGCUGUAAGGGGAAGUGGAAUUACCUGAAGAGAGACAUUCUUUGUCGAAUUGGCGCCACAAAUUAAAAUGUUACUCCGCUGUGUCAAUUGGAUCUAAAAAACGAAAUGGAGACAGUAGCCAUGGCGUCCUGGAAUCUGCAGGGUCAAAAAGUGCAACCCGGAUUGAUUCUCUAAGCUGGGUUUUCUCUGAACUACAUUUCCCAGUAUGCCUGGCUCCUUUGACCCUAGCGGGCACCCUUAGUACUGCUCCUGUGCCCCGUUACCACCCUGCACUCUCCAAUCAACAGACAAUCUCGGCAGGGCUUGGGCACCUUUUGACAUGCUGACAUAUUGAGUUUCUUUUUAAAGUAGAUGUUACUGGGUGUUUAGCUUUUUGCCCUGCUCCUGUUGUUCUUUCUCGACUUUAGAGACACACACUAUCUGAAUGUUAUUAACUGCCCACCUACAACCGCUUCCCUCUGCUAUGUCCUUGCUGGUUUCCUCGCCAAUCGCUCGCACCAAAACAUGCCGUUGCAGAAACACUUGAGUGACAAGUUUACAUACUAAUCACCACUUCUGGAUGUUAUCUACACUACUAGGCCCUACGGUACAUUGCUGGCUCUAGAGGAGUGCAGUAACUAUAUGAAGGACAGUCUGUUUCCUCUAGGUAAGGUCAAAUGAGCUCUUUAAUAUCUUUGACUGAAGAACGUUUCCAUUCUAAGACUUGAUAACUUUCUGACACUGUACAGACUUUUUUUUUUUUCUCAUCACCCAUUUCGGUCUUAAGACUUUUUUUCUUUUCUUCAAGGGAUCAAGGCGAGGUUGAAAUUAUACAGUGUAAGGCAGUGUUUGAAAAACACAUUCAUUGGACCAGCACAGUUGCUGAUUCUACAGGAUUAGUAUUGAAAACGUGACCAGUGGCUGUAGAUAAUUUGAGAAAAAAAAAAGUUUAAAUGAAUAUAAUGACAGAAACAUGAGUUUGUUGAGUAGUUAAGCUGAAAUUCACUACGAUUGUGUUUAUUUUCCACUAUGAUGCCCGAAAUUUCUGUACUGCUAACAUUAACUUCCAUUCAUUUUCGCUCUGGCGCUGGUUCAAUUUAAUGUUUAUUUUCUAAUUCUUCUCCAUAGAAUUAUUACGUUGUCUUAACCUUCUUCAUCUUCAAGGUAGUGACCUUUUUUCCUUUCUUGCAGCUUUCUUGAGCUGGUCGUUCAGAAUGGUCCUCCAGAGCUAUCCCCCAAUCCUCUCUUCUGCUCACUCAUUAGGCUACUACUAGAGGCGGGGCCACAACAGUGCACAUGACACGAGUAAAAAACGCGAUCUAUUCCAUCACUAAAUGAGUCUUAUCUCAACAUGUUGCCUUACUUGAAUUGUUCUUCUUAUUAAUAUAUUAUCAGACCCUAAUGUACAGAGCUGCUUGUUACCCCGGCCUGAUACCCACGACAUUCACCCCCAUUCCAGUGUUCAGAGGUUGGUUGUCUAACAUCAGAUUUGGGGUCAGCUUUCCCUGGACUUGUGCUUAAUUUAACCAUUUGGAGGUAGGAAAAAUGAAAUAAUACAUAUAACAUAAUAGCUGAUCCCAGAUCUGUUUUGACAAUGGCAACAGCCCACAAGUUGAAUGAUAAAGUUACACAGUUUCAGCCACUGUAUUCCAGUGUUACUCUCAACUGCUGUUUGUUCGGUGAUGGAGAUUGAUAGAAGUUUGUAGACAGAUUGAGUGUGGAUGCAGAAGCUUAUACUUGAUUUGGUUUUGUUCUUGCCCUUUUGCCAUGAGCACGAUGGAGUGUCACUGUCCCCAAGAUCGGAGUGCUGUCCUGUUCUCUUUAAUAUUCCCAGUUUAAAGGGUGAAUGAUGCACUUUUGACCACAUGGCCUCUGGCAUAGUCAUGCUUGUACUUUGUGAUAUUACUUUUAUAUUUCUUUAAAUUAUUGCUGGUUUGUUUAUACUUGCUUGAAUUGGGUAGAAAUGGUCAGUGUUCUAAACUCAGCAAAAAAAGAAACCUCUCACUGUCAACUGCAUUUUAUUUUCAGCAAACUUAACGUGUAAAUAUUUCUAUGAACAUAAGAUUCAACAACAGACAUAAACUGAACAAGUUCCACAGACAUGUGAAUAUAAUGUGUCCCUUAACAAAGAGGGGGGGUCAAAAUCAAAAGUAACAGUCGGUAUCUGGUGUGGCCACCAGCUGCAUUAAGUACUGCAGUGCAUCUCCGCCUCAUUCCCUCCACUCUUCCACCAAGGCACCAGCAAGUUCCUGGACAUUUCUGGGGGAAAUGGCCCUAGCCCUCACCCUCCGAUCCAACAGGUCCCAGACGUGCUCAAUGGAAUUGAGAUCUGGGCUCUUUGCUGGCCAUGGCAUUCCUGUCUUGCAUUAAAUCACGCACAGAAUGAGCAGUAUGGCUGGUGGAGGGUCAUGUCAGGAUGUCUUCCCUGUAACGCACAGUGUUGAGAUUACUUGCAAUGACAAGAAGCACCCGCCCCAGACCAUGAAGGACCCUCCACCUCCAAAUCGAUCCUGCCCCAGAGUACAGGCCUCGGUGUAACGCUUAUUCCUUCGACGAUAAACGCAAAUCCGACCAUCACCCCUGGUGAGACAAAACCGUGACUCGUCAGUGAAGAGCACUUUUUGCCAGUCUUGUCUGGUCCAGCGACGGUGGGUUUGUGCCCAUAAGCGACGUUGUUGUCAGUGAUGUCUGGUGAGGAUCUGCCUUACAACGGGCCUAGAAGCCCUCAGUCCAGCCUCUCUCAGCCUAUUGCGGACAGUCUGAGCACUGAUGGAGGGAUUGUGCGUUCCUGGUGUAACUCGGGCAGUUGUUGCCAUCCUGUCCCGCAGGUGUGAUGUUUGGAUGUACUGAUCCUGUGCAGGUGUUGUUCAUCCUGUCUCCCCGUAGCGCUGUUAGGUGUCUCACAGUACGAACAUUGCAAUUUAUUGCCCUGGCCACAUCUGCAGUCCUCAUGCCUCCUUGCAGCAUGCCUAAGGCACGUUAACGCAGAUGAGCAGGGACCCUGGGCAUCUUUCUUUUGGUGUUUUUCAGAGUCAGUAGAAAGUCCUCUUUAGUUUUCUUAACUGUGACCUUAAUUGCCUACCGUCUGUAAGCUGUUAGUGUCUUAACGACCGUUCCACAGGUGCAUGUUCAUUUAAUUGUUUAUGGUUAAUUGAACAAGCAUGGGAAAUAGUGUUUAAACCCUUUACAAUGAAGAUCUGUUAAGUUAUUUGGAUUUUUGUGAAUUAUCUUUGAAAGACAGGGUCUUGAAAAGGGGACCUUUUUUUUUUUUUUGCUGAGUUUAUUAACACAUGGAGGUUCUCUAUGGCCACCGGGGGUCAGUGUUUCCAUUCAUUGUGUGCGCCGAAGAAUGAAAGUAGCCUGGUCUCAGACCUGUAUAUGCUUUGACCAACUCCUUUAACUAGCAGUUGAUUUAAAGCAUAAUCAGAUCUAGGAUCAAGUGUUAAAAGGAGUACUGUGAAAGAAAGUGCAGAGAUUAACGCCAUCUGGUUCUUCAAUAGCCUAGUCCCAAAUCUGUUUGUGUGGUCUGUGCCAAGAAUGCACAAACAGAUCUAGAACUGGGCUAGUUCUGAUAGUGCUUCCUGGUUUAUUUGAACAGUCGUUGUUUACAUCCAUCUGAAAUAUAUUAUUAUGCUCUUGCUUUUGGCCAGAAAUAUUCUGUGGGUCCAUUACCCUUGUUUACCGGUGUGCUGAAAACGAGGGCGUUGACUAAUCUUUUUGCUUGAACAAAGAUGCUUAGUGUUCAUGAGUGUGAGACCGUACAAUGUGCCAUUGUGUGAUACAAACUGAUUAUUGUAAAGAAGAAAAGGACAUGUGAAUGGGUUGUUGAUUUCAUUUCUUUCUCCUCCCACCUUUUUAAAAGUCAUUCCUGUACCAAGCAUAGCAAUCAGGCUUCCAUUACUUCUCUUCCUCUUUUCCUGCCUGUACAGUACGCCCUUAAGAACGUUCCUUUGCUUUCUCAAUUUAGGCUGCAGUACUUGUAGCGUUGCAGCCUUAGUUGGUUCCCGCCAAAAUUCUCCUGUUUGCAACCUUCUCUCUCUCAUGCCCAUGUUUCACCACUAUUGCAAAAACACUGAAAAUAAUGUGAAGCCAGGUCAAGAAAACAUGGAGGAUUUCAAGCACAUGAAGUUAUGUUUAUAUUCAGACGUAUUCAUUACUGCGAGAGAUUUCCAGCCAAAGCAUGUAACAUGUUGCUUUUAGCCUUGAACGGACACAAGACUUGACUGUACGAUGUGAACAUUUCCACAGUGGCCUGUUUUGGUAAACUAAUAAACUUAUGAUUUUUAGCCUGAUCCCUCUGUACAGAAGUCAUGACUAUACUAUAAAUACAUAUAUUUAACAAACUUGAGCUCUGUAAGUGGUCAUGUGAACGCGUGGGACAUAUGUAUACAUUUGCAGUUCUUUUUUUCUCUUUUUUUUACAGUUCCUUUCAUUAUGUUAAGACCUGUUUUAAAGUGAUGCAUUAAACUUUGCAAGCAGUACCAUGGUUACAAGUUGUCGCUUGUGGUGGAUUAAAGUUGGUUCUACAACAGUA